CGGGGGAAGGAGGCCGGGGGUGUCGGGGGUGACACGGAGCAGAUAGUAAAUCACUCGUCAUGGUCAACAGCUGUAGUGGUGGUGGCCGCCUUGACGACCACCGCCCUGGGUCACAAUGGAUGGCAUGAUGUAGAGCUUCAGUGUGUGGUGAUGUUGGGCGUGCGAGGCAGCACCGGAGUGGCACAGCGCAUGUUUGCUGUGAGCUGUGCUGCAACAAGACACUGAACCCCACCCCUCCCUUGGCCCAUCAUGUUCCAUCGCUUCCACGACCGAGCUGGGCAAGACCCUGAUAUGAUGCAGAGUGGCAGCCGCAGCAACACUCCAGCCAGUGCACUGGAUGGGAGAGCCAUGUUCCCUCACUCAUCAUCCGUCCCAGGCCAGCAGAUCCCUGUCUCAUACCCAAGCAUAUCCAGCCCCAACCCCAAUCUCAUAUCACAGAGUGCCCAACUCAUGGCCCUGGGACACAACAUGAUGUUUCCGGGGUCUAAGUUCAUGCCUCCAACCCCUCCUGAGGCCCACAGGUACCUUCCAGAGUCAUACAGGUUAGCUGCUGAAUCUCUUGACCAAACCAGGUAUGGACUGGAGACUCAAAGAAUGCCAGCAGAUCCCUACAGACAGACUGGUGAGUCCCAACGCCUUCCUGCUGACUUGCAGCGUAUCAGAUCAGAGCUUCAGAGAACAGAGGAGCAAGCUUUGGACCCUUACCAUCGUCCUGCCAGUGACUCCUAUAGGAACCCAAUGGAUGUACAAAGAGCUCAGGAGCUGGCUUCCAGUGCACAGCGUUUGGUGUCUGACCUCCAGCGCCUACAGUCAGACCCUGAGCGGCUGGUGGCUGAGGCCCUUCGUCCCCAGGUUUCAGAGUCUGUGCGGAGCUCUGAGGUGGCUUACCGCUCCAUCAUGGCUGACUCUCUCAGACAACCUUCAGAGGCUUCCCAGCGCAGCAUGCAUGAGUCUGUACGCAGCCAUGCAGAUGCACAACGCAUGGUUCAAGAAAGCCUUAGAGAUUAUUUCAAUCCAUCUCAGAGAAUUAUGCAAGAAACCUUAAGAUCUCCAACAGAGCAAAGACUGAUGCCAGAAAAUUUACGUUACUCGGGAGAAAAUUUAAGAUCAGAUUCACUACGAUAUGGAACAGAUUUAAGCAGCCAACGCAUGAUGCCAGAAAAUUUACAUAUUGGAGUUGAAACCUCACAGCACCUUCAGCCUCGAGCUGACACCCCUCAUUUCCAAGUCGGUACAGAAAGUGCACAGCAUGGUCGUGUGAAAGCAGAGACACCCCAACACAUGCCAGGCAGGGCAGAGACUCCACAGCACUUAAGAAUGGGAGCUGAAACCCCUCAGCACUUACAGGGCAGAGCAGGGACUCCACAACACCUGAGGAUAGGAGCUGAAACAGCACAGCACUUGCAAGGAAGAUCAGAGACUCCACAACACUUAAGGAUGGGAACUGAAACUCCUCAGCACUUGCAGGGCAGGGCAGAAACCCCACAGCACUUAAGGAUGGGAGGCGAAACACCCCAGCACUUGCAAGGCAGAGCAGAGACCCCACAGCACUUAAGGAUGGGAGCUGAAACACCCCAGCACUUGCAGGGCAGGGCAGAGACCCCACAGCACUUAAGGAUGGGAGCUGAAACACCCCAGCACUUGCAGGGCAGGGCAGAAACCCCACAGCAUUUGAGGAUUGGAGCUCAAACUCCCCAACACUUGCAGGGCAGGGCAGAGACCCCACAGCACUUAAGGAUGGGAGCUGAAACUCCCCAGCACUUGCAGGGCAGGGCAGAGACCCCACAACACUUAAGGAUGGGAGCUGAAACUCCCCAGCACUUGCAGGGCAGGGCAGAGACCCCACAGCACUUAAGGAUGGGAGCUGAAACUCCCCAGCACUUGCAAGGCAGGGCAGAGACCCCACAGCAUCUGAGGAUUGGAGCUGAAACUCCCCAGCACUUGCAGGGCAGGGCAGAGACCCCACAGCAUAUGCAGAUGGGAUCAGACACUCCUCACCACCUCAGAAUGAGUGAGGAAGCACACCAUCUCAGAAUUAGGUCUGAAACACCACAACACAUGCAUAUCGAACCUGAGGCUUCCCAUCACCUAAGAAUAAGUAAUGAAGCUCAUCAGCACAUAAGAAUGAGUGCAGAAGUACCUCAGCAUCUUAGACUUGUAGCAGAAACACCUCAGCACAUAAGAAUGGGCUCAGAAGCACCUCAGCAUCUGAGAGUUGGGACAGAAACUCCACAACAUGUCAGAGUUGGAGCUGAAACACCUCAACAUCUCAGAAUGGGAGCUGAGACUCCUCAGCAUCUACAAAUGAGUGUGGAAACACCUCAACACCUCAGAGAUGAUAGUGAAACACAUCAACACCUCAGAGUUGGAGGAGAAACACCUUUACACCUAAGAGCUGAACUGGAAUCUCAGCACCUACACCUCAGGCAUGGAGAAAAUUCUCAGCACCAUCGCCUCAACUCGGAGGGCAGCCAGCACCACCUUGGGAUGGAGGGUAGCCAGCACAUGCGCAUGGGACCCGACACACCGCAUCACCUCCGCCUGUCUGCAGACACACCCCAGGGCCACCCAUUGAUGCCAGAGAAUCUCAGGGUGACAAGUGAAGCUUCACACAUGGUUCCUGAGAACUUAUGUGUAACAGAAGCUUCUCAUCCCAUGCCUCAAAAUCUCCGUAUUACCCAUAACAGCGGUGGCAAUAGCAACAACAGUGGCAGCAGCAGUAGUGGUAGUAACAACACAAGGAUAAACACUUUGCAACUUUCAGACUCCUCCAUGCGUUCCCACUAUGACUCCUUGAGUCACCGCAUGAUGCCUGAGUCAUCUCACCCAUUAAGGGAGCCCAUGAGGGUAGAAUCUCCUCGUUAUGGUGACUCGCUGUACAGAGCUGACCUGGCUCACAACAGUGUGGGUCCACCCACUCCUUCAGCCUCUUCUAUGUUCUCUGUGCCUGAUGGCAGUAACAACCCAACACCACAGCACCAAUUGUAUUCCAGCUCCUUAAGUGCUGUGUUCAACCAGUACAUAAGUGAAAAUCAAGACAGGGAUCAUAGGGAAUCACAGGGAAUGGAGGCCCUUGAUAUGAAGCCAUAUGAUGUCAAGACCUUCAGUCAGGACUACUCGUCUUCCAUGACAGGCCAUGAGUCAUAUAUGCAAGUUGCACCUAAGCCUCCUAAACCCAAGAAGCCAAAGGAUCCCAAACCACCCCGCACACCAGUCAUUCACAAAUGUAACGACUGUGAGAAAGUAUUCAAGAACAGCACACAGCUCAAGAAUCACAUGUGGCGUCACACAGGGGAGAAGCCCUUUUCCUGUGAGGUGUGUGGAUCAAAGUUUACUCAGCAGGGAAACCUAAGAGCUCACAAAAGGAUUCACACUGGAGAACGACCUUAUCAGUGUCCACAGUGCAAGGCUUGCUUCACACAGCUCUCCACACUCAAGACCCAUCAAAAAAUUCAUUCUGAUGAGCGACCUUACAAGUGUGACCAAUGUGAUGCUGCAUUCAGGCAGAUAGCCAACUUGAAGACCCAUGCUGUCACCCACACAGGGGAGCGACCUCACAAGUGUGAUCAGUGCGACAAGGCGUUCACACAAAAAUCAAACCUCAAAGCUCACAAAAAUCGAGUGCAUUCACUGGAUGGGGGAACCACUAUCAGAAGAGGGAGAAAAAAAAACCCCACCGCCAUUAAGCCAUACAACUGCAUGGAGUGUGGUGCCAAAUUUACAAUGAUGAGCAAUCUCCGAAUCCACAUGAAGCUUCACCUGGGGGAGCGUCCCUUUGAAUGUGAAUACUGCGGUGCUGGCUUUGCCCAGAGGUCUAACCUUAAGACCCACGUACAGAGGAUGCACACAAAGCUUCCAGGGCACGGGCGGCGCAGGAUCAAAUGUGAUGAGUGUCCAGCUAUGUUUAGACUCAGACGCUGCUUAAAAACUCACAAAAAGAAAAGACACCCAAUCAAGAGCCUCAAAAUCAAGAUCCUACGAGAAUCAAAACUUUAUAUGAAACCUGAUGGAGCAGAAGGAAAGAGAGGAGGGCUGGGGCAUGAUGAUGAAGGAGAGAAUGAUAUUGAGGAAGGGGAGGAUGGAACAGUUGGGCCAAGUUUAGAACCUAUUGUCCAGCUGUGUGAACCAAAGGAAGAGCCGUACUCACCAAGCUACCACAGUGCUGAGUCCCCUUACAGCACAAGUGAGUGGUCAAGAGAGGAGGAGGAGGAAGCCAGAGAGGUGCAAAGGGGCAGAAGAGAAUCAAAAGAUCUUCCACAAGAGUCUUCAGAAGCAGGUUUAAGUAAAUGAGAAGUACUAUAUGCUGGAAGCUAACUUGAGUGUCUCAUGCAAAAGCUUGCUGAAAAAGAAAAUACAAGAAGAAAUCAUUUAGAGGCACCCAAGUCAGUAUUCUUUUGGUUUCCUCCACUUGUUCUUUAUCCCCAAACAAAGUUUUUCAUAUUUUUGAAGUUUUGAUAGAGCGUGUAUAACUAUUGCCAGAUUUUAAUGCCUGAUGGCUUUUGUGGGUGUGAGGUCAAAGGUUUGUCAUGCAUUCAUCAAGCUCCCAACUGAAUGCCUCCAGUCUCCUUUUUGCCCUGCUUUCCCUCUGUGUGGACUGCACUGGUGGAAGUUGCCUUGCUUAACUAUGAAUAUUGUACUUACACAUUGUCAUGGGAAGAAGCAUAUCAACAGUAAGGUCAGCAUUAACACUUCUGCAGAUCCACAUCAGAGGGAUGUUCACUCAGAAAAUUACUCAGACUUUCCAAAGUUAUAUUUAUAUAAUACUGUUAUGUGCAGUUCCUUAUGGGUGCAAAUGAUCAAUCAAAAUCAUCAUGAGUCUGCAUAAACUGACUGCUUAUAUUCAAAAGUAGAUUUAUAAAUUUCAGUGUAACCCAUCUGGGAAUUUGUUAAUUUGGAGAAAUAGGGGCAUUGGCUUUCAAGGAUAGCAGUUAUUAAGAAUUUGCCAGUGUUCUUGCCAACUGUCUUCACACAAAUUACAAGCCUUACUUGGAAACUACCUUUUUCUGAAAGUUUUCUAGUUUUCUACAGGAAACUUUUGACAUUUUAACCAAACAACCAAGAGAAGCUCAUGAAUAGUUUGUUGUGAAUGAAGACAGAAUUCAGCGUUAGUGAACAGGAAUGCUUUCUUGGCUCCUGAAAACAGCUUUAAUAGUCCCUGCAGGCAUGACCACAGACAUACUUGAGGUGCCACACAGAUCAGUGAUGUAGGCAACUAUUGUCAUCCAGAGUGUAAUCAGCAAGUGGGUUUCCUGGCACAUGUGUGUUACUGUGGUGUGUCUGCACUGGGAAUUUGAUCUGAUGGCUUUAGAUUGAAGGAUAAGAGUUGACAUGUUGGAUUGUGGUAACAUUGCUCAUUGCAUCCAAUCCUGAUUUGAUAAAACACAUUACUAGCUUCUUUACCCAAGUUCAUACUCUACAUAUCUAGUAGUAAUAGGAGGAGAUGUAUGGAAGUGGUACCACAAUCAACAUUUGGGUUAGUGACAAGGUCAGUACAACCUACAGGGGAGGCUCAGCUACCCACUCCAGCUCAGGGAAAGUUGAUCCUCAUCAACACUCCGUCUACAAGCUGAAAACACAGUAGUAACACAUAAUCAACAUAGAGAAGUAGAGACAGUGAAAGCACUGAUGUAUACAAUAUAAACAGAAAAUUCUUCAACUUUAAUUACUUUCAUAAUUUUUUUAAACCAGGGCUUAUAUUACUCUGACAUUAUUUAGUGUGUAAUAUAUUAACUGAUCAAUUGUUCAGCUCCAAUUUAAGUGAAUAACCCAAAUUUUUAAGAACCUUUACUUAGGUAUUAAUUUCCAUGUCAAUCAAAGGUAGUGUGUAGGACCCUAAAAGAAUAUUUUCAUUUAGCACUGCAAUUGUGGGAAUUGUGGUAGUUUUGUAGUUUCAAACUGUACUGUUUUGGACUUCUUCCUAGUACCUCAAGACACAAUAAACAUAUCCAAGGGUCGGAGAAUGCGGGGCCACCUCUCAGUGUGGCGCUAGCCAGUAGCGUUCAUCUUAGCUGGCUGAGGUGUGUCAUGCGAGGCAACUCCCUGUGACUGACCAUAAGAGUAGAAUGCAGUUUGUUGGUUUCACCUUCUAAGUGUCUUUCCUGUCUUAAACUAAGCAUUUUUUAUUCAUAAUACUGUAAGGUUUUGACUUCAACUGUGCAAAACUUUUAGAAACCCAACCCCUUUUAGUACCUGUAAGACUUUUUAAAAUCUAAAAUGAAGCUGCAUAUGCAAUGCCUCUUUAUUACUUUAUAUAAUUAAUAGGAUUGAUAGUGUGUAGGACUGAUAGUAUUCAUAUAUAUAUUGUUCGAUUCCCUAUAAUGGUGACCUCAGUGUAGAGGUGUUCUUGUUUGAGGAAUCUUGCAUGCUUGAGUUGAAUAUGAUGGAUUCCAGCAUCCCAAGAUCCCUGGAGCAUGUCAGCUGUGUGUGUGUGUGUGUGUGUGUGUGUGUGUGUGUGUGUGUGUGUGUGUGUGUGUGUGUGUGUGUGUGUGUGUGUGUGUGUGUGCAUUUGUACUUGUGUACGUAUACGUUUAUAUGUUUGCACGUGGGAGUGUGUGGUAUUACUCGCCAGUGUGUAGUUUGCCCCAAGAGACAUGUUGACUGGGGUUUGCUUUGCCAUACAUGACAGUUUUGUUUCCAUUACCCAAGUCACUGUCCUGGAUUGUGUUUCAGAGAUGCGUCAAGCAGCAAGGCAGAGCAUCGGGUCUCCUGGUGGCCAGUUGUUGAGAUCUUUUUUUCUUUUUUUCCAACUUUAGUGCUUGUAGUUAUGACACUUAGACACAUACCAAUCAGUGCCAUGGUAAAGGAAGCUUAAGCCUUGCUGCAUUAGAGUGUCUCUGAGACAUGAACCUUGAUGAUCUGAAACCAAGGAAAAAUGAGAUCUGUCUAGUAUUAUCGUGAUUUCUUCAAGAGGCUAUUGCUGCUCAGUAUCCUCUAAAGACUUCAUUGAAGUAUAUUAUAGCUUAUUGCUUAUCAAUCAUCCUUUAUAGAGGACCGAAAUAAGCAGUCUGGAUUUACGUAUACGGUGCACCAAGUCAGUUGCCAUAGUGACUGCUCCAUCCAUAACCCAGGGACAAGAACUAAACCUCUCUCUGCUAAAAUAAGUGUGCAUCAUGAGUCACGUUCAAGAAUGUCAGAAUGUCUAAAGCUGAGGUUGAUGUGAUUAUAUAUCCACUGUGUUUGUGAAGGGUUAUGGAGGAGCAGGGUGGUCAGUGUGGGAAGGUGAUGGGAUGCAGAGGUUGUCAGCAGUGUACUCGAGUUGAAGGGAUUUGGGGUGUUGUUUGUGUGUGAAUUUUUUUUUUUUUUUUUUUUUUUUUUUUUUCUUCCAUAUAUAAAUCCAAGGUUUCUUCCAUUCAUGAAUGUGUGGUCAAGAAUCAAGCUGACAUGCACAUGUUCAUGAACUGAAAUUAAACAUAACAUGCCUACACAUUAUGCAGACAUGUCCAUACAUGUAUACAUUUAUAUGCAAAUUCUCACCCACUCCUGCAGUCUGUUAUUGUAAGAGAUUUUACUGUACGGGUCUUUGCUUAGUUAGCCACCACAGGAGCAACAACCCUUGAACUUUGCAAUGCUGAGCUGUCCUUUGAUCUUAUGUACCCAUUGUGAGUCAUCAACUCGUAGAAUACCUUAGGGGAGUGUGUUCCCCCUGUGUGAGAUGUACCUUGUGCCAAAUGUGAUGUGUAGGCACAAACCCCAAUGUAUAUUAUUUCAGACUUACCAUUAUUGCUCUGUUGUUCAGGCCUCACACAUGGUUCAGGAGAAAAUUGUAAACACAACAGUACUGUCUCCAGGGAUGCAGAGAUGGCAAGCCUUCUUGGCAGCAGUUGCUGGUCCUGAUGGGAUGAGGUAGUGAUGCACUUCUUUAGGUUUCUGAACUUUUUUUUUUCAUUUAUUUAUUUUUUUUUUCUUAUACUCACCUGACUUCUUUUAUUAUUCUCCUUCUUACCCCUCUCUAGAAAUGCUCUCAGUAUUGAUGGCAAGUAUCAGUAGUAAUCUGAGUUUGACCCAUCGCUUGCUGCAGUAAGUGCUUGGGCAUUGUGAUAUUAGUUGUUAAUCAGGUUGGUGGAUAUUUUUGCUGAGUCAGGGCUGAGCCAAACUGCUGCUAGAAGAGUGUGCCAAUGCCCCUGUGGUGACUUCUUCCCUGAGUGUCAAAUUCACAGGUUGGUGGCAAGACAAGAGUAUGUUGCCCACAUGAGCCAGUAAGGUUGAGAUGAGUAGGUUGUGGCAUAUCAUCCCUCAGCCUUAUAGUGACACCAACUACACAAACCACCUGCCCUUCAGUGAACUUCAGCUUUUGAAUAUCUUCAUUGUGCAAGAUAGUAAAUGUAGAGGUGACAUAUAUUAUUUCAUACUUUCUUAACAAGAAAACACUUAAAAAAAGCCUCUAGAACCAAAUAUCUUGAACAUUGAGGAUAUGUGAAAGGUUUUGUACAUUUGGGCUUUCAUAAAUACUUUAGGCAUACUGCAGUUCUAGAAGAAAAAUUAUUCAUGUUCAGCCUCAUAUCCAGAGUAAAGGAAAGUGUCCUUUGCUGGUAGAAGUUAUAACAGCAAGUGCUCUUUGUGGGUGGUGGUGUGGGUUGGUGCAGCUGCCUUGGAGGGACUCUGGGCUCCUUUUGUCUUGCCAACCAGUCACUUUUCAGCCUAGUUUCUUCUUUCAUAACCUUCUUACGCUUGUGAUACAUUCAUUUAGCUGUGGUAGCAAGGACACCCUGAUCCUCCCAGCACCAUACACCUGCCGAGGCCAUGGUGGUGCCGUAGCCUCAGUCUAUGUGUGGCAUGGAGUCCAGCAGUGUCUGGUGCUGCGUUGGGGCGGCCAUCUGGCGCCACCCGCUGCCCAGCCUAUUAUCUUUCCAUGGUCAGUGUUUUCAUGAAGUCAAUCAGAGUUUAUAGUGUUAUUUCUAUGGAGAUUAUUAUUAUAUAUAUUAUAUUUGCUUUGCAUGUAGCUCUUUAUUUUCUGUAUAAAAGUUUAACACUUGAUAUAGGAAUAUAUUAUCUAUGCAGGUUUUAUUGCUUACCAAAGUUAAUUGGCAAUACUAAUACUUUAUCACAUGUACAAAUUAUUUUGUUCACUUUGACAUGUAUCUGUGUUUAUAUUUUGAGGGCGUUGCUGGUAACCCAAGCUUGUGUGUGUCUGGGGCAGGUCAUUGUGUCCUGCUGGACAGUCAUCAUAUCCAUGACAUUUUGUUCUCACCUCAUCACCAUCUGUUAGGGUUUGAUGAGGAGUUGUCCUUUCACCAGAUAGAAAAGAAGAGCAGUAGCAAGAAUUUUGAAUGAUUUUAGUGCAGUAUUACUACAUAUAUAUAUAUAUAUAUAUAUAUAUAUAUAUAUAUAUAUAUAUAUAUAUAUAUAUAUAUAUAUAUAUAUAUAUUCUAUUUAUUUAUUUUGUUUUAUUUAUUUAUUAUUUUUUUUCUAUUGGUUUGAAAAAUAUUGGAAUAUUAUCUUGUUGCAGUACCAAAGAGGAAGGAAACUUUGAGGUGUGGUGCCAUUGUGGUGGAGAGGAGAAGCAUGCCAGUAAUGUAAGGUUUACUGAGGUUGUGAUAGCUUGGGCAUGAGGCCUCACCUCUUCCACCACUGAUGGCCACCCUUGUUUCACAUUGUAUUAUGUACUAUUGUUUUGUUUUAAAAGUUUUAGAGAGGGAAAUUGAUGAACUAUAAUUACCUUUUUUUUAUUUAUUUUUUAACUGAAUCAAGAAUCUUAAAAUAGAAUAAAUCUUGUUAAAUUACAAUUGAGUGAAAGUGUAGGAGGGAAAGUGAUGGUGGGCAGGUAACCAGCAAAAUCCCCGGACACAAGAUGCCAUAAGUCUAACACUGUAACCUCUUGCUUUCUAUCUGCUGGGCAUUACAAAGUUUAUUGUCAUCAAUAUAAAGUUAUGAAAUUAUAUUCUCAGAGGUGUGUCAGAUUUCUGUUGCCUUUCCUAUAUUGAUAUUUUUAGCUUUAGUUCCCCAUAGCUCUAACUCCCAUAUACUCAUUAUAUUUACUAUCCAUAACAUUAUUAUAAUGGAAAUUCUAUUUUAUUUUAUAAUUUGACGCAAGCAGGUAAAAGGAGAUGAUACUGAUAUGCUUUCUAUAUAUGCAUGAAAUAUAUAAUUUAUCGGUAAUGACAAUGCUAUCGCUGAAAAAAAUAUGUAACUGUACUACUCGGUAACUCUUUUUGUAAUACAACUAAUGUACUUUGUCUAUCAAUAAAACAUUUAAUAACA